UAUAAUAAGCAGAAUUGGAAUUAUUAUUAUUUACGAUUGGGUAAGUAACGAGAUUGCAAUAUAGGAGAAAUAUUCGUAAUAUGAUUACCGUGUUGCUAACAUCCGAAGAAAAUCCCACUCGCCUUGAAGGGGCUUACAAAUUCGGUAUUUUUCCAGUGCGGAAAGAAAUAAAACCCUGCUAGGUCGAUAGCUGUACAGUGCUCCCAAAAAGGACAUCCAAGGAGGCGCUUAGGAACGGAGGACGAAGGACGAAAACGCGAACGAGGACGAGGACGAAGGCUCCAGGGUCAGGUAGAAAUAAUCCAAUUUAGAAACCGCUAGUCCAGCGCUAAUCCGAAAACGUUUGCGAUUCCCGUUCUCGAGGAUGUGGAUCAAUGAAUGAAUCCGAAGGCUUUCAUGAAUCUGUUUGCGCGGCGAUUAAAAAAGGGGGAUGGAUCGCUAAUCCGCGACCCAGGAUGCACGGGUAAUCCUCGAGGGCAGCCUUCUGCUCCGCGAAUAAAUAGAUCGCUGGCCGGUGGACAGGGCACAGUCGUUCUACGAACUCAAACAGUGACACACAUUCCAGUAUUAUAUUGCCAUGGACACGACACCAGUCUUCCAGUCCAGCUUCUCCAUCCGAUCGCUGCUCUCCGUGGGCAAAAAGGAGGACUCACCCACUUCUAAGCAUAGCUCCGGAAACAGCUCCAGCUCCAGCUCCAAUUCCAGCCCGGAUUCGAUGACCGCAAAGAGCAAUGCGAAGCCGGCAUUCACCUACAGCGCCCUCAUUGUGAUGGCCAUCUGGAGCAGUUCCGAGAAGCGUCUGACUCUGAGCGGUAUCUGCAAGUGGAUCGCGGAGAACUUCCCGUAUUAUCGCACCCGCAAGAGCGUCUGGCAGAACUCCAUCCGGCACAACCUGAGCCUCAAUCCGUUCUUCGUGCGGGUGCCGCGAGCCCUCGAUGAUCCUGGACGUGGCCACUACUGGGCACUCGAUCCGUAUGCCGAGGAUCUGUCCAUCGGCGAGACAACGGGACGCCUGCGCCGCAGCAAUUGGCCUCAGAAUCCGGUGACCAGGCCCAAGGUCACCGGCCAUCCCUACCAGCGAGUGUCGCCACAUUAUGGGUAUGGUAAUGGUCCGUAUAUCAAGGCUCACAGCGCCUACUUCCCCAUAGUGGACCACCAGCACCAUGCCGCCAUGAUGCAGCACUACCAGACCUUGAUGCACAGAUACCAGAUGAUGCCGCAUCCUCACCAUAACCAGCAUCCCCAUCAACAUCCUCAUCCGCAUCCUCAUCCGCAUCCUCAUCCUCAUCUCAUCCAGCAAUCGAAGGCAUUUCAUCCGCAGGAGCCAUUUCAUCAUCACGCAUAUCACCUCCACCAAGAGUGAAUUUCAGCAGUAUGAAAACUCACUUGAUGACUACGAACUGUGAAAAUUCCUUCUUGGCGUAGAACGCGGCAAAUGUUGUUAGCUUUAAAUCAUAUAGGAUCAUAUCGAAACAUAUGGAAA